AUGUUGGGAAAUCUGAGCAUUAACGCUAUAUCCAAAGAAGGAAUUGGAGAAAACUUAUCAGACAUUUGUCCUUAUAUCCCUGGAAGUGUUUUGAAAAAUUGGAUUGCGGAAGAGAUCCCUAAAAUCUUUGCAAGAGCGACAUAUCAAAGAGCCAUGGCAAUAAAAGGGAGUGUAAUAAUAGAUUUUUUAGCUAGUAGAGCUCUAGAAGAUUAUGAGCCUUUGAAUUUCGAUUUCCCGAAUAAAGAUCUGAUGUAUGUUGUGAUUACUGAAGAAGGUGUUCAAGAAGAACAUCCCCAGAAAUUAAACUUUGAUGGGGCCUCAAACGCUCCCCAGAAACUAAACUUUGAUGGGGCCUCCAACGCUAUGGGUAACGGAAUCGGGGCAGUCCUGGUAUUCCCAAACGGAGAUCAUUAUCCCUUUACUAGUAAAAUGGAUUUUGAUUGCACGAACAAUAUGGUAGAAUACAAAGCAUGCAUCAUGGGUAUCCGUGCAGCAAUAGAACGCAAGAUCAAAAUACUAGAGGUAUAUGGAGAUUCUGCAUUAGUGAUCUAUCAACUCAAAGGUGAAUGGGCGACAAGGGAUCCCAAGUUGAUCGAGUAUAGAAGGCUAGUCAUGGAGUUAAUUAAAGAGUUUGAUGACAUCACCUUCUGCUACGUCCUUCGAGAUCAAAAUCAAAUGGCUGACACCCUGGCUACCUUAGCUUCCAUGGUUAAAGUGAACAAAAAAGAGGAUGUAAAACCUAUCCAGAUGAGUAUUUAUGAGGCUCCAGUUCAUUGUUACAACAUCGAAGAAGAAGAAAAAGAUGACCACCCUUAG